GGAAUAUUAAUGAGGUUGAAGAAUUUAAUUACAAUAAUAAUUUUUUAAAUAAUUACAAAAAAGCCAAUAGAAAAAAGUUUUUAACUAGUAAUGAAUUAUUGGUAUUGAAUGGAUUUGAACCAGUGUUGGUUAAUAAUUCAAAGAAAACAAUAAGUUAUUUUAAUUAUUUGAAAAAAAGUUAUAAAGAGAUUUCCAAUCCUAACAAUAGCAAAUAUAAUGGAGGCAAGAGCAAAGGAGAAAGUAAGAAAAGUAAAAAGGAGAAAAGAAAUAAUUUAUAUAUUAAACCACUAUCACAUAAACCCAAUUUUGAGCAGGAAUAUUUCAGGAUAUUCCAAAAUUUUAAUAUCAAUAUCAAUACCAAUUCCAAAUCGAUGCAUAAUAGUAAUAGCCAAAGGAACAAAAUCAUUGAUGUGUCGAAAAUCCCAUUGUUUAAAUCGUACGAUGACACAAUAGCAAUUAAAUUGAACAAUGAUGCGCUAAAAUCGUUGAAAGAGAACAAUUAUCCAACAAAACAAGGGAAAAGUGUUUACCAGAAAAACAAGUUAAAUGAAAUGGAAGAUGAGAUUGAUGAGGAAGAACUAUCGAAACUAACGGACGAAUUCAAGGAACUAAAUGAGAAAUAUUUGUCAUUUGCUAGUAAACUUGGGCUUUAGAUUUUUUUUGUUUUUAUUUUAUUAUUUUAUUAUUUUAUUGUGUUUUUAUUGCUGUACUUCUUAUUGAUACAACUUUCAGUGUUUCAGUUCUCUUCUUGUCUAACUUAUCUUAUAUAAUUUCAGCUGUAAUCUAUGUUGCUUUGAUGUGUUCUCA